AUGGUCAACUCCUGUUGUGGCUCCGUCUGCUCUGAGCAGGGCUGCUGCCAGCCCAGCUGCCUGCAGACCACCUGCUGCAGGACCACCUGCUGCCGCCCCAGCUGCUGUGUGUCCAGCUGCUGCAGGCCCCAAUGCUGCCAGUCCGUGUGCUGCCAGCCCUGCUGCCGCCCCAGCUGCUGCAUCUCCAGCUGCUGCAGGCCCCAAUGCUGCCAGUCUGUCUGCUGCAGGCCCUGCUGCCGCCCCAGCUGCUGCAUCUCCAGCUGCUGCAGGCCCUGCUGCCAGUCUGUGUGCUGCCAGCCCUGCUGCCGCCCCAGCUGCUGCAUCUCCAGCUGCUGCAGGCCCUGCUGCCAGUCUGUGUGCUGCCAGCCCUGCUGCAGGCCCAGCUGCUGCAUCUCCAGCUGCUGCAGGCCCUGCUGCCGCCCCAGCUGCUGCGGUGGUUCUUGUUGCUGA